UUGCCAACCAAGCAACUUCGAAAAGCCACAACAAAUAACCCUAGACGCAGACGUCAAACCACACGUUUUUCUCCUAACCUGUAAAAGAUGUGAUUUAAAUAACAUUGUGAAAUACUGUUUUUAUUGAUUGACUGUGACUGAACCGUUGCUUUAAUUUAUAUCAUUAUGUCUUUAUUCUCGGCCCCCACGAAGUCAACGACCCCUUCCUCGAUCCUGAAGAAAACCCCAAGUCUCAAAUCGACAUUAAACCGCUCCUUGAAAGUGAACACACCCACUAAAGUCCGAUUUAUUUUACCACACUCUAAAAAAGUGCGCCACAUAUUGAAGGACUACAUCAAACACGGAAAUGCAAAGGAUUAUGAAAAUUUAGUGUGCCUAAUUCGCGAUGCCGAACUGUUUGAUGACGAUAUUUCCUCACUGUUGAAGGAAGCGACUGAGUGUAUUUCAAUAAUGAAGCAGGAGUUACGUCUUUUUGUAGAAGCACUCCUUUCAGUUGACUGGAUCGAAAGAAACGAAAAUGUAGUUAAGGAGUAUCAGUCAUUUAUUGCGAACUUAGUCGCUGCACAUAACUAUCACGCAGAUUUUGUGAUAAAUAAAUUAGUCACAUUGUUUUUUCCCCCUCUAACAGACCCUGAAUGGGAAAAUGGAACCCCCAGUAAAACGGAUAUUCUGAAGUGCCAACACGUCCACUCCCUCCUCUGUGAACUUCUAAGAACAGUCCCUUUGUGCAACGAAUUGCUAAUCCACGCCCUGAUCGACCACUUCCCUUACAUGAACAAAUCGACCCACAUCCACGAAUACUACAUCCAGAACCUCCUCUGGGUCAUCUGCUACCAGCCCACUCUCAGACCCAACAUCCUCCACUUAAUUUUCUCAAAACUGAUCAUCAUGGACGUGAGUGCGCCCCGCGAGGAAAUCGCGAAACUUGAAGAGGAGGAAAUUUUCAUGAUGGACGAGAGCAAAACAAACACUACGAUAAAUCUGGACUGCGUCCAUUCAAUGGCACACACUUUGGACGUUUGCCUGGAUAAAGUGUUCAAUUACAUUUACUCCGAGUGCCAUGAGCCGGGCACUAAUGACUUGAAUUGGGGCAAAACCAAGUCUUUAUACCAGGAUAUUUUGACGGUCUUUGAUCAGUCGAUCCUGCCAACUUACAAUACUCAUCACGUCCAGUUUGUUAUGUUUGUGCUGUGUUCCUUUAAAACGACGUUAACGGAGGCGUUUUUUAAUUACUUGUGGAAGAAGGUGUGCAAUCCGAACGUCGCGUCGGUGAUUAGACAAGCGGCGGUUAAUUAUAUUGUCAGUUUUAUAGCGAGAGCCACUUUCGUCCCCCUUACCAUGUUGAAGGGGACUUUGCAACAAAUGGCCGAAUGGAUCCACUCGUAUAUCGCCACUCAGGACGGCCUAGAGUGCGUCAAUUCGGACCUAAGGCUCCACUCUGUCUUCUACACAGUGUGUCAAGCCCUCUUUUAUGUGAUUUCGUUCCGGCACAAGGAUUUAGUCAACACAAAAAAAAAUGUCGUAUUUUUGGAGAGUCUGAACUUGGCGAAAAUCGUAACCAGUCGGUUAAACCCGUUGCGGGUUUGCCAACCUGCAGUCGUGCAAAAUUUCGCUGCUAUUACCCGAAAGUACCAACUAGCCUAUUGUUACUCAAUCAUUGAACACAAUUCGAGGAACACUUUACCGACUGUUUAUAGAGACGAGAAAGGUUUUGUGACAGUUUCAAGUAACGUCCUAGAGGCGUGUUACCCGUUUGAUCCUUUUGUUUUAUCAAGGUCGAGUGCGAAAGUGCACCCGUUUUAUCGGGACUACAAGGAGGUGAGUUUUGAGGUAAACGAUUCAGAAAUGAGGGAAAUUGGGGACGUUGACGAUUUCCUCGAGAAUGACUUUAACUCAAAAACGCAGAAAUUCUCAUACGGGACUUCGCCAGGGUUUAAAUUUAAGGGCUAAUGUGAUACUGAUUUAUGCAAGAUGUUAUUUAUUAAUUUGAUAGGAAAAUAAAGUUUCUCAAAAUAUGA